GAAGUAGAUGACUUGUCGAAAGGUUUGGUUAUGUGUUUUAGAAUUUGGCUUGGAAAGAACCAACGAUUUGGCUUUAAAUGUGGUUAUAUCCAGAUUUAAAUCUGGACUGCCUACAUACCCUGUGAAGGGAUCAAACCAUUGUAGUUCAAAAAUUUGGGUAUUUGAGUAUUUCUUGGUUUUGUACCAAACGCAACUUCAUUCGGGUUCCGAAGAAUUUUUAAACGAAACCGAAGUUUGGGUAUUUUGAUUUGAACACCCAUAUAUUGAGCCUCGUUGAACUUUUCAGAUGGGCCCAAAUUUGACAUGGGCCUUGCUUGUGAGUAGCAUCCGUCAAUGUGGAGGCCCGUUAGCUUUCCCUCUCCCCAUUCUUCAUUUCUUUUCUUUCUUUUGAUCUUCUGCUGCCUUGUUUAUUGUAACCCAGAAGAACUUGAAGGCCGAAACUGAUCAAAUGGAGAGGGGUUGGCGCAGCAACCGACUUGGUGAUGGCAGUGCUCCUAAGUCGCCGAGAAGAAAUUUAUCAACACUGGGAGGCUUGAGAUUUGCUGUGCUCUUUCUCACUGUGCGAAAUUGGGUAAGGAUAACCCCUAUUGUGUUCCUGCUUUCAUCCCUACAAUUCAAAUACCCUCAUGACGAAAGUAUCUCCAUUAUGCUUCAGAGUAAUUUCGAAGGAUUUCCCACUGGUCAAAAGCUUGUUUCUUCACAGGUAAUGGAUGCAUAUGGUCGAAUUUCCCGCGAGGCAGCUUUGGACAAACACAGGCAGGUUGUUGGAAAGGGCAUAGAGUACGUGAGAUCACAGCCUUUAAGCUCCAUUCAUGUUGAUGUCCCUCCUAAAGACAUCAUUACCUUGGUGACAGAAGUUGAAAUGAACUCAGGCUUUCUUACAUUUCGCCAAGAUUUGGAGGAUCAAGUGAUAAGAACAACCCACAACUUUUCCCAUGUAUUUAAGGGGCAUACUUUGGAGAAGGUUGAUAACAGACAUGAUGGAGGUCUUUUCACUUUCGAAGAGAAUUUUUACCCGAUACUUCACAGGAUGCUAAACACCAAACAAGAUUGGUCUUCGAGCCUUUGUUUCCGGGGUUGUGCUACACUUGAGAUAGGCGUAAUGGAGUGGACAGAAUUCAUAUUAGCCAAUUUUGAAGGCGUAUUGAAUCAAGCUGGAAUAUUUGGUGCCGUUGGCGUCUCUCGAUAUCCUUACCAUUAUUGCACGAGCACAUGGAAAGCAUUCUUGGAAUUGUGGAGUCCUUUGACGAACACUUUACCUUUGGCUUUGGGUGUUGGUGCCGUUGGCGUCUCUUCUGUCACUUUGGCUCUAUUUUUGAGUUAGGUAUGAUUCCUUCUUCUAUUUUGGAGCUUUAUGGGUUGGGUUUGCAGAAUGGAAGAAGUCCUCAAUUAAUGGAAUUAUGGCUUAUUUGCUUUACCUCCAUUUUGUGGUUUGUUUGGCAUGUGAGAAAUAAAACCAGAUUUGAUGGUUGUCGCUUUUCAGUUGAAGUUGUUUGCAAGCUAAUAUCAAGUCAUAUAAGAGCCACUAGUCAUCUUACAACGGGUCAUAUGCAUAACAGUGUCCAGGAGCUACGAAUUUUGAAAUGUUUUGGAGCCCCAUGUCGACCUCGUGCCACUCCUAGAGUGGUUGAAGUUAAUUGGAUUCCUCCUUCUCUUGGGUGGGUGAAGAUAAAUUCUGAUGGCUCUUGGAAGCAUGAAGAGGGAGUGGGUGGUUAUGGUGCUAUUUUUAGAGAUUACAAGGGCCACUUUCUAGGUGCUUUUUGCCUCUAAUCUUGAAAUUCCUAGUUCAAUUUCAACGGAGAUAAUGGCUGUUAUUAAAGCUAUUGAGCUUGCUUGGGUUCGUGAUUGGAAGCAUAUUUGGUUGGAAGUUGACUCAUCUUUGGUACUUGAUUAUAUUCGCAGACCUUCUCUUGUUCCUUGGCCUCUUCGAGUUCGUUGGUUGAAUUGCUUAUACCGAAUCUCUAAAAUGAAUUUCAAGGCUACUCAUAUUUUUCGUGAAGGGAAUAAGAUAGCUGAUGCUCUGGCAAAUCAAGGUACGUCAUGCUCUGAAUUGAUAUGGUGGGAUGAGCCUCCACCUUUCAUAUUAUUGUCUUAUAAUAACGAUGUUAGAGGUAUGCCUCAAUUUCGUUUCAGCUAGUCUGUCAUUUGUUUUAGGAUGUUUUGGUUUUGAUCCCCCUCCUUUGUUUCUUUUUUCUUUUAUUAAUAACAUAGAGUGAUAGGUGAUUAUUCGCCUAUCCUCGAUCAUUAACC